AUGGUGAAUUCCCCAAGGGGUGAGGCAAAGAUGGUCAAAACGAGGUCAGCACGUCUCAAUAUCGUCGAUUCGGCGGCGGGAGGAGCUACAUCAGAAGCCUCAGGUGAGAUCAGUUGA